AUGGCUAACCUCACCAAUUUUUCUACUCGCAAACAGGAAUAUGAUAUAUUCUUGAGUUUUAGAGGUGAAGAUACCCGUAAUAAAUUUGUAAGCCAUUUAUAUGAAGCUUUGUGUAACGCAGGCUUUUACACCUUCAUUGAUAAUAACCUUCAAAGAGGAGAAAUAGUUUCAGAACAACUUUUCAAAACAAUUGAAAUGUCCAAGAUUUCAAUUGUUGUACUUUCUGAAAACUAUGCAUCUUCUACUUGGUGUUUGGAUGAACUUGACUAUAUUCUCAAAUGUAAGAAAGAUGGCCAGUUCGUGUUGCCGGUUUUUUACGAAGUGGAACCGUCGGAAGUACGUAAACAAGAGCAAAAGUUUGGAGACAACUUAAGUAAACAUGAAGAAAAAUUCAAGGAUAAGGUGCAAAAUUGGAAAGCAGCUCUAAAUGAAGUUGGUCAUUUGUCUGGAUGCCAUUACAAAGGCGGUUCGGAAACUAAAUUUAUCCAAGAAAUUAUUGAAGAGAUUUCAACAUUCAAAAUAAUGGGAAAACUCUUAUAUGUUGCCAAAUACUCUGUUGGAGUAAAUUCUCGUGCCAAGGAUGUAGAAUCUCUUAUAGAUAUUAAGUCGAAUGAUGUACGUAUGGUAGGAAUUCAUGGUCUUGGGGGAAUAGGUAAGACUACAAUCGCAAAAGCUGUUUAUAACAACAUUGUUGAUAAUUUUGAAAGAAGCUGCUUUUUAGAAAAUGUUAGAGAAAAUUCAAGGACAGAUGAUGGCACAAUUAAGCUACAAGAGAAAAUUCUUUCUAAAAUCUUACCAAACCAACAUUUGAAGGUGAACAAUGUAUCCGAAGGAAUUAAUGUGAUAAAGGAAAGGCUUCGUAGUAAAAGGGUUCUUUUGGUUCUUGAUGAUGUGAAUGAAUCAAAACAAAUAGAAAAUUUUCUUGGAAAACAUGAUUGGUUGGUAUCAGGAAGUAGAGUCAUUAUAACAACAAGAGAUAAACACUUGCUAACUACUCCUGGAAAAGUUUGUACAACUAAAAAUUAUGAGGUCAAGGAAUUAGACAAUCAUGAAGCUCUUGAACUCUUUAGUCAAUAUGCUUUCCAAAAAGUCGAGCCCGAUGAAGAAUAUUCUGAACUUACAAAUCAAGUCUUGUAUUAUGCCAAAGGUCUUCCAUUAGCUCUAGAAAUAAUAGGUUCUAAUUUGUGUGGGGAAACAAAACCUAUAUGGGAAAGUACACUACGUAAAUAUGAAAAAUAUCCCGAUGAAAGAAUUAAUAAAAUACUUGAGGUAAGUUAUGAUGGAUUGGAAGAAAACGAAAAGAAUAUAUUUCUUGAUAUUUCAUGUUUCUUCAAGGGAAGGUCUAAAGAUUUUGUCGAAAAUAUACUAGACAAGUGCAAUUUAUAUCCAAAGUCUGGUAUUCCAAUACUUGUUCAUAAAUCCCUCAUAACUAUUGAUCGAUAUGGCAAAUUGUCGUUGCAUGACUUGAUACAACAAAUGGGUAUGAAAAUUGUUCAGCAGGAAUCGUCAAAUAAUCCCAGAAAACGUAGCAGGUUAUGCAAUUAUGAGGAUGCUAUUCAAGUACUACUUGGAAAUAAGGGCUCUGAUUAUAUUCGUGGUAUAAUGCUGUAUUCACCUACUCCAGUGAAAGUGCGAUUACACCCUGAAGCUUUCAAAAUGAUGGAAAAUCUCAUAUUUCUUAUGGUUGAUAAUGUUGAAAUUUCUGAAGCACUUACAUAUCUCCCUAGUGGACUAAGGCUUCUUGAAUGGCCAAAAUAUCCUUUUGACUUUCCAUCCAACUAUUGCCCUCAACAACUUGUUGCACUCGAGAUGCGGGGAAGUUGCAUUAGAUUGAAGAAGAUAUUUAAGGAGGAGUAUUUGUAUGAAAAUAUAAAAAGUAUUAAUUUGAGGGGGUGUGAAUUCAUUAGAAAACUUCCUGGUUUUCGCGCGCCAAACUUAGAGACAUUGAAAUUGGGUGGUUGUGUAAAUUUAACUGAGGUCCAUGACAACAUUGGAUUACUUGAUAAGCUUAAAGGUUGGGAACUUGAUGGUUGCAAAAAGCUCAAAAUUCUUCCCAGCAAGCUCAAUUUGAAAUCUCUUAAGUAUUUAACUCUAGAUGGCUGCAAAAGGCUUAAAAAGUUCCCCCAGAUUCAUCCAGAAAUGAAAUGUUUGAAGAACUUAACAUUAAGUUUGAGUCGUACUCGUAUUAGCAAAUUGCCCUCAUCACUAAAGUAUCUCACCAGUGGGCUUUCGGAUUUAUCCCUACGUGGGGUUCAAAAUCUAGAUCUCAGCUUUGCGCAAUAUGGGUUUAAGAGCUUGACAGAUCUAGAUCUCGGCAGUUUUGAUGGAAAUAUGGUUGAUUUAUAUAUUUGGUUGAGGCCCGAUUACUUCCCGGUAUUGGAUACUCUAGAGCUACGUAAUGAAACCAGUAGGCCCAAUACUUUUCAUCUACCUGUACUUCAAAACCUAGAUCUCAGCUUUUUGCAAUAUGGGUUUAAGAGUUUGACAGAUCUAGAUCUAAGCUAUUUUGAUAGAAAUACGGUUGAUUUAAAUAUUUGGUUGAAGCCCAAUCACUUCCCGGUAUUGGAAGAUCUAAAUCUAAGUUACUCCAAUGUGGUGACCGUAACUGAAAGCAUUACCAAAUUUACUAGAUUACAAUUUCUUGAUCUAACUAAUUGCAAGCAGCUUCAGGAAAUUCCAAGGCUUCCACAAUCUAUAGUAAAACUGGAAGCACGGGGGUGCCGUUCGUUGGAUCUACAAUCAUCACGGAGAUUAUUAGAUCAGUGUGGGGAAUUUCUAGGGAUUAUACCAAGAAGCAAUGUAUUCUUUGACCAUGAUUGUGGAAUUCUAAUACCAGGAGAUAAGAUUCCAAUGUGGUUCAAAUCGAACCAUCAUCAGAGUGUUGGAAAUUCCAUAUCAUUCUUGGUUGGACCUGAAAUUCCAAAAUUUGGUGUCUUUAUUGCUCUUCAAGGGAUGAAUUCAUAUGGAUCAGUAACGUGUCAGUUGAAGGUUCUCAUCAAUGGUGAGGCAGAAGACGACAGUGACUUAGACGACGCAAGUACCUUUUAUUCACCCAUGGAAGAUACGUGUGAUCAUCUGUGGUUUAUUUGUGUAUCUCGUGGGUUAUAUUAUGAAUCACAUCCAUCUGGAGUGAAUCACAUUGAAGUUGUACGUGAAGUUGUUCAGUGUCAUCCAUCAGAUGAUAACACUGACUGCAUAAAAUGGAUGGGGGUCCAUGUAGAAUGCAUUUGUUGUCGCCCAUUAGAAAUCAGAGACGGGUCUCUCCUCCAAUGGAUCUAACAUAUUUGGGAUUUACAGAUGGAUUUGAUUUGGGUUCAUCUUCAGUGACCCAGAUUUUGGAUAGCACUUGUGAGUCUUCCUCAGUUCUGGAUGACACUGAACAACUACCUUUGCCACCGGUUUCCUCCACUUCUUAUUGUUCAGAUUUAGAUCAUGGGGUUUCCAACAGUGGAGGACAUUCCAGGCGUGCCAGAAUCCGACUGCGACGGCAAAUAAGAAUUCGACUCCAACCCCUUCCAUGUGGCAAGACUGGGCUAAAGAUAAAGCUUCUCUUAACACUUGCUAUUUUCGUCAUCCUUUUUCAAUCUCUUCUUCUUCUUCUUCUUCUUCAUUUUGCAAACAUCACAUAAUUAUGAUUUAAGAGAAGAGAAUAUCCUUGAAGACACACUGCCACCUUUCUCUACUAAGGUUUGCCUCCUUCAGUUACAUAUAUAGUUACCUGGACUUGCUGCUGUUGUGGUAAUUGGAGGCCCCAAGAUCCUUUUCCACCUUGUAAUGUUUUUUGCUUAGCUUAGCAUCAAUCAAGUGCCAAGUAAGGUUACCUUCAAUGUUUUGGAAUAGCUCAAUACCUCUGUUGUUGAUAGAGCUACCUUGCGAGUAGGAAUCAUUAAGUGGUAUAUAGCAUGCAUUAAGUGGUUAUGUAUGAAGGGUAAAAUUUUUUUACAGGUCAUAUGCAAACUUGCUUGGUCUAUAAUGGUUUCUUAUGUUUGGCUUCAAAGAAAUGCUCCUGUAUUCAAUGGCAAUGUCAAAUCUAAGUUUGUCUUGUUCAAGGGAGUUCAAAACCGCUGAGGCAUCACUGUACAAAAGCUGUUUUGCAGAUCCCCUGCUUUAGUGAUGUUCUGGUGAAUAUUCAGGAAUGGGAGAAUCAGCACAAACACCUGAUAGCUACAAAACCCAUACCUCUUUACCCUUUUUGGUGCUCAAAUCAACUUCAACACUUAAGAAGGAGACAUGUUGGAUUGUAAGGUGAAAAAUUGUGGAGCAACUAUUACAAAGGACUAUAGGCUAUAGCUAUGUUAAGGUCAUCAAGAUGUUACACUUCUACAGCUAAAAAGCUUUUUGCCACAACAGAAAAUUUCUUGGCAGUAUGGCAUGUGAACAGAUGUUGAAGGUACCAAGAGAGAAAGUGCAAUUAAAGGAACCAAUUUUAGUAGUUUGAAGAGUUACUUUGCUGAUUUGUAGAUGGAAGGUGGUGUAGGUCUUUUAGCAGUUCAAAGAAUUUCUUUGUUGAUUAGUUUCAACAUAAUUCUAAUACAAAACUUUUCACUUCAGAUUUCUUUGGUAAUCCUAUCCAUGACCUUCAUUUGACAUCUUGAUGACAGAGUAUUGUUUACCAUGCCAUUUACAUGGUGGUCUUGGUUGAUCUUUUUUGGGAGGAUUAUGAUGUAUUUAUUUUUGAUGGAUCACUUUUCUUUUGGUGUGUCCAUGGGUGGAAGAUUAUAAAGUAUUUAAGUUUUCUUUGUAAUGUGUUCUGUCUCUCUUUUUGUAUUUAAUAUCUUUUCCCUAGGAGGACCUGGCAAGGAUCAUACGGCAUUUAAUUUUGGUGUAUCAUGUUUUUAUUUUUAAUUUCUUUUCUUCUGUUUUUGGACUUCUCCCUCCCAUUUGUAUAUGAAAUGACGUAAGUUGAAGGCUGUUGGAGAAAGUUUAAUGAGAUAAUACCUGAUUAUGGCAAAA